GUGUGAUAUGGAGAUGGUGUCCUGAUUUUAGUUAUGACUACAGUUCGUUUUCUUUUGCCUUGCAGGAAGAGUUUGUGGGCUUCCAUUUGGAGGAGGAUGCCGCUCGAAGUUCACGACGUGCUGUUUUGAGAUCUAAAAGAGGCACAGCUCUGCCGUCACAAGGCAGGAGAAAGAGAGCACUUAUGGAUGACCCCAUUCCCAAGAGGCUGGUUAAGCAGAAGGCCGUGGAAUCUGAACGACAACGUAUGGUAAAGGCUUUGGCUGAGCUCCUUCAGAGGACCAAGGGGUCUCCAGGAAGGAUGGGCCGACUGCCAGCCACUGGCCCCAAAGUUAGUCGGGUGCUUCCUGAGCAGACUAAACCAGACCAAGAGCCUGGGGACUCCAUAAAAUCCACCAUCUCUCCCAUCCUCCCAUUAGAAGCAGAGAAGACCCUCAACUCCAUCGUCUCUUCCAGGCCACGAGGCCGGCCACGAGGCUCCUUCACCAAGAGACCUAUUACACAAGAUAGGCCUCCUUGUCAAAGCACCAAAGUUCCAUGUUCCACCCUGGAGUCCAGCACAACUAUCCCAUCAGCGUCAUCUUGUCAGGCGGAUGACCCAUCCUCUCAAUCCUCUGAACCUUUGAAGAAACCGCCACUCAUCUUAAAGUUCUUCUCCAAAGCCAGGCGGCACAAGUCUGGCCAGUUGGUGGUGACCCAUGUCCGUUUAAAGACAUCUGGUCAUAGGAGGGGCCGCAAGAGAAAGUGGAGUGUCGUGCCCAGGAAGAAAAUGUCCCCACUUCCCUCACAAUCCGUCUCGGAUUCAGAGGUCCCUUCAUCGGAGUCAGAGAAGUCUGCCCCAGAACCAGAGCAAAAAGAGGAGUCUUCUCCUCUGGAGUUGCAGCUGGAGGCUCCAGCUCCAGACCCAGAACCACAGCCUCAGCCUGACCUUUCUGUCCCAAAGCCAGAACCACCUCUGGAAGUGAUAACCCAGGAGCCAGAGCAACCUCCAGAGGUUCUUGUCCCAGUUCCGGAGGCCUCUGAGCCAGAACUGGAGGCUCCUGUUCAGGGUGGCGACAUUCAUGCUUCACCUAAUGGGUCCUCUUGUAAACAAGAACCCCAGCAACAACCCUUCCCAGUGAAUGAUGGAGCGAGCAUCCAUUUUGAGGAGGGACCUUCCAGCAUUGCCAGUUCCACACGGGCACAGUGUUUGAAAAGGGGUCGUGGUCGCCCACCGCUUAAGCAUAGGCAGCGGACCCAGCGCUUAGCUACUCAACAUGCACCAGCCAAAAACAGGGAGGAGGUCUUGGCAGUUCCUCAGCAGCCUGGAGGCCCUGGCCCAGAAGACGUGCCAGCUCUCAAGGCCACCUUCUUGAAGAAUAUACGCCAGUUCAUCAUGCCUGUGGUGAGCGCCCGCUCAUCACGCCUUAUUCGGACCCCACGUCGCUUUAUGGAUGAGAUCCCCCAGAAAGCAACCAAGGCUGUGGAAAGCCCUGCCUCCGAAGGACCCUGUCUAGAAAAACAGGAGCCUGCUCCGUUGCUGUUGCAGGGAGCUUCCGUGGAGCCGAACCCCCAAGUCCCAGACUCUCCCGAUAAAGAUACCUCUAGGGCCCUCUCCUCCCCACCUUCACCCAGUGUGCCCAACAUAAUUUCCUCUGUGGCUCCUGCCCUGCCUGAGAAGCGACGUUCUAUCCUUCGGGAGCCCACAUUUCGAUGGACUUCACUCAGCCCCACUGCUUCCCCCAAAGAUAUGGGCAAAGCUCUCUUUCAGGUUCCUUGUGAAGAUUCCUCUCCUUUGCCCAGAACUCCCACACCCAUCCCAUCUCCUCCAGCCAAGCGUAGCCCUCUGCUGCGGGCCCCCCAGUUCACUCCCAGCGAGGCCCACCUUAAAAUCUAUGAGUCUCUGACGGUAUCUCCGGAGGAAUCGGAGUUGGUGCCUGCCUCCCUGGAGGUCAGGAGGGACACCUCAGCCCUGCAACAGGAGACCUCCUUGCUCCCUUAUGAGCCAGUGGUAACCCGCAGUGGCAAGAGGCUCUUAGGAAGGGUGAACCACCUUGCCUUGCCCCUCUUCACGGAGGUUCCUCGACCUAUGGAGGUUCAAAGUCAAGAGCUGAUCACCAUGGAGGAUGUUAAUUCUCCCGGUGUGGUCCACAAGGUGGCCAUCCGAAGGGUGCUUCCUCCAUCCAUCCAGAUAGAUGAAGACGAGGAAGAGGAAGAAGAAGCUGGCGGUGAUAGUUCAGAGAGCGAGGUAGAACCAGCUAGCCUGUGCUCCAAAGAACAGAAACCACCAGGGGAGGAGCCUAAGCCCAGUAUAACGCAGCUGUCGAGCAUGGACAAAGUGUACAGUCUCCUCACUCGUGCCAAGGUGCAGCUCUAUAAGAUUGACCAGCAGAAACAAUUCAAAUUUAUUCCGGGAUCUCAGAGCGUCAGAGCCGAGGCCUUUGAGGCACUAAAGGUCCCAGCUGAGAAGGAGGUGACGUCUGAACUCAAAGGAGCAGGAGAAGACAGGAAAGAGUCCAGGAAGCAGGGCCAGGAAUCCCCAGUACAGGGUCCACGGAUCAAGCACGUGUGUCGGCAUGCCUCUGUGGCCCUGGGGCAGUCUCGGGCCAUGGUGCCAGAGGAUGUACCACGCCUCAGUGCCCUGCCAUUGCGGGAGAGGGAGGAGAUCGCUGCAUCGCCCACCGUGGAGGAGACCUCUUCAGCCUCUGAGAGUGAAAGUGGCCACCAGAAGCCAGUGAAGGCAGACACGGCUGUCCGGCCCGCCCCACCCCCUGUACGUCGCCAUGUCUCCCACCAUCACGGCAAGAAGAACCGGAUGACACGCUGUGGGAAGUGCAAGGGCUGCCUGAAGCUGCAAGAUUGCGGGGAAUGCAUCAACUGCCUGGACAAACCAAAGUUUGGCGGGCCAAACACCAAGAAGCAGUGCUGCGUGUAUCGGAAGUGCGACAAGAUUGAAGCUCGGCGGGUGGAACGGCUGUCUAAGAAAGGCCGCACAGUAGUGAAGCCCAUCGUUCACUGGGAUUCGGAGGAUUCUCAAGAGGCCUUUCCGGCCCCCUUGGAGGUCAUGCUGGGGGCCACGGAGACCGCCGAGCAAGACUCCUUGCUGCAGCGCAAGUCAGCCCGGCGCUGCGUCAAGCAGAGGCCCUCCUAUGACAUCUUUGAAUCCUCUGACUCAGACACGGAGCCGGUGUCUGGCUCGGCCACGCAUCGCCGGAAAUCGUCCCGGGACUCAGAUCUGCUUCCCAUGGACGCUGAGGAGCAGAGUCGACCCAGGAGAACCCCCCUGCAGCCUGUGGUGCAGCUGAAGGCCAGGAAGAAGCCAGAGAAGGAUAUCCCGCCUUCUGGCGCACUCCCCUCCUUCUCCAAUGGCUGGAAUGGGAAACAGAAAUCCACGGAUGGAGUCCACCGGCUCAGGGUUGAUUUCAAGGAAGACUGUGACCUGGAGAACGUCUGGCUGAUGGGUGGCCUCAGCAUCCUCACUUCGGUGCCAGUCACCACGCAGGUGGUGUGCCUGCUCUGCGCUAGCAAGGGUUUCCAUCAGCUCGUGUUCUGCCAAGUGUGUUGCGACCCUUUCCAUGUUUUUUGCCUGGAAGAAGACGAACAGCCGCUGCCAGAGCAGGAAGAAAGCUGGUGUUGCCGGCGCUGCAAAUUCUGCCAUGUCUGUGGCCGGAAAAACAAAGCAUCCAAGCAAUUGCUGGAGUGUGAGCGCUGCAGGAACUGUUACCACUUGGCUUGCCUUGGGCCCAACUACCCGACAAAACCCUUUCGCAAGAGGAGGGGCUGGAUCUGUUCAGCCUGCAUCCGCUGCAAAAGUUGUGGAACUGCUCCCGGGAAAAACUGGGACACCGAGUGGUCGAGCGACUACAGCUUAUGUUCUGCCUGCUCUGUGCUGUAUGAUAAAGGUAACUACUGUCCAAUUUGCUUGCACUGCUAUGAGGACAAUGACUAUGAGAGCAAGAUGAUGCAGUGUGCCAAGUGUGACCACUGGGUUCAUGCCAAGUGUGAGGGGCUUUCAGACGAGGGCUACGAGAUCUUGUCCAACUUGCCUGAGAGUGUUGUCUAUACUUGCCGGCCCUGCUGUGGCACCGACAAGGCCAAGUGGCGAGAAGUCCUCGGCUCCGAGCUGCGCAAGGGGCUGCGACAAGUGCUUCAAGGGCUGCUGAGCACCAAGUGUGCUGCCCCGCUGCUCCAGUGCACACAGUGUUGUCCGGACGAUGGUGUGAAAGUUCACCUGCGGCCCUGUGAUUUGCGCACCAUCCACAAGCUUUCCGAACAGGGUCACUACUCAACCGUGCACAGCUUCAAUGAGGACAUGGUAGGGGUCCUGUCGGGGCAGACAGAGGAUCAGCAGGCCAGCCUGGCUGCAAAGGCACUCUACAUCGAGCUGAUGGGAAAGUUCUUUUGCUGGUUUGAUGUUCAGGAUGCAAAGCACUGGAACCGCAGCAGCACCCUCCCCAAUGGCAUGCUUCCCAAUGCUGUCCUGCCUCCUUCCUCCGACCACAUCUAUGCUCAGUGGAGGCAGCCUGAAGACGUCAGCCCAGCUUCCAACAGUCACCCGACUUCUACUGGUCCUGAAAAGAUGGCUGGGAAAGAGGCUGAGCACGCCGUGGUGCAGGAGCCUCUGGCUGACCCCGAGGACAAGAGGCAGUGUGCCCUGUGUCUCCAGUAUGGCGAUGCUCCCUCCAAGGAUGCAGGGAGGUUGCUCUACAUUGGCCAAAACGAGUGGACUCACGUCAAUUGUGCCAUCUGGUCAGCCGAGGUCUUUGAGGAGAAUGAUGGCUCCCUAAAGAACGUGCAUGCCGCUGUAGCCCGGGGUCGGCAGAUGCGCUGUGAACACUGUCAGCGGACAGGGGCCACGGUGGGCUGUUGCCUCUCUGCCUGUCUCAGCAACUACCACUUCAUGUGUGCCCGCCUGAGGCACUGCACCUUCCAGGAUGACAAGAAAGUCUUCUGCCAGAAACACGUUGAUCUCCUAGAUGGGACAGAAAUAGUGGCUGAAGACGGGUUUGAUGUCCUGCGCCGUGUCUACGUCGACUUCGAGGGAAUCAGCUUUAAAAGGAAAUUUAUGGUGGGCCUGGAGCCGGACACCAUCAACAUGAUGAUAGGCUCUAUGAAGAUCGACAGUUUGGGCAUGUUGACAGACUUGUCCGAGUGCGAGGGACGCCUUUUUCCUGUAGGCUACCAGUGUUCCCGGAUGUACUGGAGCACAAUGGAUGCCCGCAGGCGGUGCUGGUAUAAAUGCCGCGUCCUGGAGUAUCGGCCAAAACUGAGCCAAGAGGAGCCGGAUGCGUCAGGAGUCCAGGAGGAGAACCACACCAUUGUUCACAGCCCCGCGGCCCCUGCCGAUCCUAACACAGGAGAAAAGCCCUUACGGGAAGCGCCCCCUCCCAUGCCACCCCCAGAGCGGCAUUCUCCUGCGCAGAACCCGGGCCCUCUGCCGCCUCCAGAGUCGGCUGCUUCCAAGCCCAAACCUCUCACUGGCGCUCGCAUCAAAGUGCCCAACUACUCCCCUACUCGGCGGCCCCUAAGCGGGGUGUCGUCCCGGCCACUGCCUUCUCCCGGAAGUGCGUCAUCCAUGUCUCAUCACAUCUUGACUGUAGGCGACCCAGACUUCCCUCCUCCGCGUCGUCCUCAGCGCCUCAGCCCCUUGUCCCCGAGUAGUGGCCUCCGGACCCACCCGAGGUCGUCCCUCCCGCCCCAGCCCCCUGCUCAUAGGACUAGUCCUCCCGGCACCUCUCUCAGGGCAAUGGCUCCUCUCCUGGACGGCGCUCCGGCAGAGACGGGCUUCAGGCAAACAUCUACCUCUGAUGGGCAGCUGCCCUUACCUACCUCACCCCCUCCCUCACCCCCACUGGUGCCGCCAGAGCUGGCUUUCGAGCUCAACGUCUCCGACCUGGAAUUCGACGACAGCCUCCUGGAUGAGCCUUUUCAGGAGGAGGAGGAGGAGGAGGAGCUGGGAGCGCCCCAGACGUGCCCCACUCCGCCCGGCCUGAGCCUACCCCAGCUGGAUGGGCUGGGGGAUGGCGAGAGCGAGGAGGAAGGAGAGGCUGGCCGCUACUUCCGUUUCCCCCGCACAGUGGUAACCCGCGAGCCCCCCCUGCCCCCCUACCCCCUGGAUCUCCCCUUGCCUCACAUUAACCAGCUGGAUGGCAUCGAUGAUGGCACGGAUAGCGAAGCGGAUGCAGCCGGGGGGCACCCGCCUGCCAAGGGCAAGCAGGCGGAGCCGAGGGAGGAGCGGGAGCUGGCUGGGCCUGCUCCCGCUCCGGAGGACUUGCCUUCUGACAUUGUGGACUUUGUGCUGAAGAACAUGGAUGCCCCCGAGGCCAAGGCCAGCUUGCUCCCUUCUUGCCUCAACCCUCUGGCCUUGCCGCUAGCGCCCCCUACCUCUGCCAGCCUCAAUGGCACCGAACCAGCCCAGCCCAGCCCUGCUCCGGAUCUGGCCCCGACCCUCACCCUCAGUUGCGCACAAGUGCCCGGCAGCCCUGAAGUCAAGGUGCUGGGGCCGGAGGAGCAGAAGGCUGGCUCUAGAAUUAUUCUUGUGAACAAGCUGGGGCAGGUGUGUGUGAAAGUACAAGGCGAGGAAGGCGCCUUGAACGCUCAAGAUGGGGAGCAGGCCUCCAGCUGUAAGGACAAAUUGAACCCAGCCCCACCCCCAGCCCCGGCCCCCAGCCUCAGCACCGUCAUUUUACGGGCACCGCUGGGCCUUACGCCAAGCGCGUUGCCCACAUGGACAAUCCGAGCUCCGGUGCUCAGCAUGGUGCCCAUGAUGAACGUUGUGGGCACCACACCUCAAGCUGUUGGCAGUGGCCAGUUGGCCUUGGGCACCCCGGCUCUGGUGACGCCCUCCUUGGGACUCCCGCAGACCUGCCUCCUGCAGCCUGUGGCUGUGAAUUCUGGCGUGCUGAGCAUCCCCAGCCUGGUGUCCCUGCCUGGCCCCCGGCCAGCCAUCCGUGUCAAGAGGGUCUCCACCUUCGUGGGAAACGUGCCUGUCAAAAGGAUGAAGCUGGAUGGGACCAAGGAAGAGCAGCCAUUGGCCGUAUCGCCCACGGUGAUGCUGGAUCACCUGACUAAUAACUGCAUCUCUGGCAGCACUGCGGGCUCUGGUUUGGAGAUAUCGGGGCUUUCUCUCCAUGCCCCCAUCCCCUGUGAGAAGUGGGGCUUGGGGAGGAGGGAAAUCCUGGAAGAGGGAGGUGUGUGUGUGUGUGUCUGUGUGUGUCCUGCACAUGUUAAUGUGACCCUUUUGCUUGACAGAAUUGGGCGGGUGCGGAUGAAGACUCCCACGGCGAAGGGUGUUCUAGACCUGGAUGUGCUGAAAGAGGAGGCAGGCAGUGUUGGCGAGAGUGAGCUCUCUCCAAUGGAGCACUCGCCUUCCUCAGUCACCAUGCCCUCCUGUCCUGGAACUCCGGAACAGAACCAGGAGCCUGUUCUGGAACCCGUCUGGCAUAGAUAUGCAGGCGAUCUCUCCAGCUCAGAUGAGGACAAUCUGAAUCAGGAGGACAAAGAGAAUGAGAUGCCCCGCAAGACACAGCCCCACCUGUGCUUUGAGAUCACCAGUGAGGAUGGCUUCAAUGUGCAGGCAGACAGCAUUGAUGGUGCCUGGAAGGCAAUGAUUGAGAAAGUCCAGGAGGCCCGCACCAAUGCCCGUCUGAAGCACCUUUCCUUUGCAGGGAUGAAUGGAGUACGGAUGCUAGGCAUGCACCAUGAUGCUGUCAUCUUCCUGGUGGAACAGCUGAAUGGCGCCAAGGUCUGCCACAAGUACAAGUUCCGCUAUCAUCAGCAUGAAGGGGAAGAAGAGGAGCUUCCCCUCAAUCCACAUGGCUGUGCCCGAGCUGAAGUCUAUGUCAGGAAGUGCACCUUUGACAUGUUUAACUUCCUGGCCUCUCAACACCGUGUACUUCCUGAAGGAGGCCCUUAUGACGAAGAAGAAGAUGAAGUGCAGCUCAAAUCCACUAGGCGAGCCACCAGCCUGGAGCUCCCCAUGGCCAUGCGGUUUCGGCACCUAAAGAAAACCUCCAAGGAAGCUGUGGGUGUAUACAGGUCAGCCAUCCAUGGGCGUGGUCUCUUCUGCAAGCGCAAUAUUGAUGCAGGUGAAAUGGUGAUUGAAUACUCUGGCAUCGUCAUCCGUUCAGUGCUUACUGACAAGCGUGAGAAGUACUACGAUAGCAAGGGCAUUGGAUGCUACAUGUUCCGCAUUGAUGACUUUGAUGUGGUGGAUGCCACGAUGCACGGGAACGCCGCCCGUUUCAUCAACCACUCCUGUGAACCCAACUGCUACUCACGUGUCAUACACGUCGAGGGCCAGAAACACAUUGUGAUUUUUGCCUUGCGGCGAAUCUUCCGGGGCGAGGAACUCACCUAUGACUACAAGUUCCCCAUCGAGGAUGCUGGGAGCAAGCUACCUUGUAACUGUGGGGCCAAGCGUUGUCGCCGCUUCCUGAACUAAAGACUUGUCCUUACCAUAACUCCUCAGAUCUACUCCCUACCCCAACCCCUCUCUGGUAUUGUUGGGAAGGCAGGCAUUGCCAGGUGGCAGGGGGGAAGGUUAACCUCACUGUACCUUUGUGAUCAGGCUGCUGCGGGAUUGACUUCUCUCUUAAGCUCUUCUUGAGGUGCAGGAAUGACUCAUCUCCAGGGAGAAAGAGCUGUGCCCAUCUUGUGGGUGGGAAGAGAGAGGCUCUUGGCAGUGAACGUGGCUUUUUUCAGUCUGGCUUGAAAUUAUGACAGGUAGAGAUAUGGGACAAGUGUGGCAAGGGUGACUCCCUUAUUUGUGCCCAUCUGCUUUAUAGGCCUGAUUUCCCCCUCCCCCACUUGUGGGUGAGAACAGCAUUAUCUUUAAUUUUGAACUUUUAAAUUUUGUGAUUUCCCCACUUCCCUGGCUUAGGUUCUCUGUCAAAAAAGAAAAAAAAUCAAACCCAGGAGGAUGUAAAUAUUUGUACAAAUUUCUAAACCUGUUUAUUUUCUAUGCACUUUUUUAUUUAAGAUGCUCAGUCAACUCAGACGGUAAAGGGUUGGAUUCUUGUUGGUAUAAUUUUAAAUAAAACGCAAUUUUGACACAAA